AUGUCGGAGAAAGUAGAAGGUCAGAAAAGACCCAGUGUCACUGUCGCAGUGGAGAAGCCUCCGAUGCAGGGCUUCGAGCCUGGAUUGCGUCGUGUGCCUGAUCGCAUUCCCUGGGUGGUGCUGCUCAUCAUCGUUGUGGAACUGGGGGAGCGGUUUACGUACUUUGGACUUAGUGGGCCGCUGCAGAAUUACAUCAAAAACCCUUAUGCCCCCGGUUCAGACCUCCCUGGCGCCCUCGGCAGGGGACAGGCUGUUGCGUCGGCCCUGGGGAACUUUUUCAAGUUCUGGGCAUAUGCGUCGACAGUGAUCGGUGCUGUAGUCGCUGACCAGUACAUCGGCAAGUUCAAGGCGAUCAUCGUCGCGUCCGGCAUCUACAUCGUCGGCUUGACCGUGCUCGUGGCAACUGCCACACCGGCAGCAAUCAAGCAAGGCUCAGCAUUUGGCGGCCUUGUUGCUGCCAUGGUUAUCAUCGGACUGGGGACAGGAGGGAUCAAGGCGAAUGUCACCCCGUUCUGCGCGGAGCAAUACAAGAAAGUCGAUGCGUACGUGAAGAGCCUUAAAUCUGGCGAGCGAGUCAUCGUGGAUCCCGAGCUCACGGUCGAGAGAAUGUUCAUGUGGUUCUACUGGGCUGUCAACGUUGGUGCGCUGUCACCACUCAUCACCGUGAACGUCGAGGCCAAAGUGUCUUUCUGGCUGGCCUUUUUGAUUCCUUUAAUUGUUAUCGUUCUCGCUGCUAUGAUUUUCAUAGUCAGCAGCAGGCUAUUCCUCAAAGCCAAGCCAGAAGGAUCCCCCAUCGUCGACGCAGCCAGAACAGUCCAUGUAGCGAUUGCAGAGAAAGGCUUUGACAAUGCGAAGCCCAGUAUUCUUCGAGAGCACGGUCGUCUUGACAGAUACUCCAUCACUUCGAGUGACAAGUACACAGAUCAAAGCGUUAUGAAACUAUUUCUCCUCUUUCCAUUCUACUUCAUCUGCUGGACUCAGAUCUGGAAUAAUCUCAUCUCGCAAGCCGGCCAGAUGGCCCUGCACGGAACACCGAACGAUCUCCUGCAGAACCUCGACCCGAUUGCCUUGAUUAUCUUUAUCCCUCUGUUGGAUUUCGGCGUUUACCCACUCCUCCGCCACUACAAGAUCAAUUUCCGACCAGAACUAAAGAUCACUGCCGGAUUCCUAAUGGCGUCCAUGUCUAUGGUCUACGCAAGUGUACUCCAGCAUUAUAUUUACAUCUCUCCUCCGGAGAGUAUCCACGUCUGGAUCCAGGCACCGGCUUAUGUGCUAGUGGCGUUUUCUGAGGCCUUCGUGGUGAUAACAGGUUUGGAAAUAGCCUUUACAAAGGCACCUGAAAGUCUGCGCUCACUGGUCUCCGCCCUAUUCUGGCUUACGAUCGGAAUAGCCGCUGCCAUCUGUAUUGCUCUUGCGCCGGUUUCGCAGGAUCCGUAUCUGGUUUGGAUGUACGGAUCCCUGGCCAUCGUCGGUUUCGUAGCGGGGAUUGUGUUCUAUGUUCUCUUUGGCAGAUCCUUCGGGGAGGUGCAAAUCUUGGAAUCGGUGGAAACUAUAGUCACUCACAGGGACGAGGAGACAGCGCUAAACGCGAAGAAUGCGAGCGAGGCGGGUAAAGAUGUAUGA